UUUAGAUUCGGAUAUUACUUUUAAUUCUGAUGUCAACUGUGUCACAACGCUCUUCCGAUCACCACACGUCGCGCUGCACUAUAAUAUUGACUGCAAUCUUUUCACGUGACCGUGCGCGAUCACAUUUCACGUAUAGGAUAUUUUCUCCGACAACCGCGGCCCCUUAGCACAAAUGAUUGUCAAUUUAACGUACUUCAAAAAACAAUGGCCGGGUUUCUCGUCUUUCGGAAUUACAAAUUGUAGAGCUUCAAGUCCAAACCCUCGUAGAACGCUGUACACGUUGACAGCUCUACAGUUCUGGCUACAGCUACUUUCGAUCAUAUUUUUGGCCAGCUGUGUUUUGAGCCAAUGGUACUCCGAUCAAUUCCACAAAUUUUCGCAUCUGAAUCCGAACGGUUAUAGAUUUGUAAAAUUUAACUACCAUGCCUCCAUAGUAUUUCAAAUAAGCGAUUUUAUUGUAUCAGUGUAUGCAAGUUUCCAUUUAAGAAAUGCCACGUCCUUGUACAACAAUAUACAAGACGUCAGAAUAUGGAUAGUGGUCAAUAACAUAUAUCUAUUAUGGACGUUGACGUGUUUCAUUUUUUCCUCAAACACCUGCGAGUCCAGCAUUGAGAUAUGUAUUAGAGCGACGACGGUAGGCUUGUUUGCCUGCUACAAAGUGUACAUUGUCUAUGAGAUUUACAAGAACGAUAAAUCGUCGUACAUAUUUUUGGAACAGGGUUCGAUGUUCACAAACGACUCAUCAAAAUUGUCGAAUAAUGGGAAUCAACCAUCAAUACCCGGAGUUGGCCGACCAGUUAUUUUGGAAGUGUUGACGGAAGUAGAAGAACAAGAGAAAUUCUAAUCAAUAUUCUACGCUAAAAUGUUAACUAACAAUAAACAAAAAGUUGUGUACAAAAAUCUUAAAA